UCCACGACGCUCCACCGGUGCACCACGGGGUACGCAUUCAAACUGACCAGCGCGUCUCUGUGAGCUCACACACUGUCCUCUCUCCACAUCCAUCACCGAGCAGCUUCACUGCAGUUGACCGCACGAGCCGGUGUCAGGCAGCUGCAGAGAAGAGGAAGAAGAAGAAGAGGAGGGAGGAGGUGAUGUUCUCUAUCAGCUCACUGUGACCAUUCAGUCAGCGAGGGUUUGAGCCUCUCCUCGGGCCUGGACUAUCUGCCCACUAUCUUAAAGCAAAAGGAACGAGCAGCUAACCUUCCUGACCUGACGCCUCACUCUCUUCCAGUCCCCACUGCCAUGGCCUUCACCUUGUCAGAGAUCAUGGCGGCGAGACGGCAGCAAUCUCAGGCUCAGUCACACGCCCAGCGAGGCAACAGGACGGCGGUGGAAGUGGAUGAAUAUAGCACCAACCCCACUCAGGCCUUCACCUUCUACAACAUCAACCAGGGACGCUUCCAGCCGCCGCACGUCCACAUGGUGGACCCAAUGCCCCACGACACGCCCAAGCCGCCUGGCUACACCCGCUUCGUGUGCAUCUCAGACACUCACUCCCGCACCGACAGCAUCCAGAUGCCGUAUGGAGACGUGUUCAUCCACGCCGGAGACUUCACCGAGCUUGGGCUGCCCUCAGAGGUCAAGAAGUUCAACGACUGGCUAGGUACCCUGCCCUAUGACAUCAAGAUAGUAAUUGCCGGAAAUCAUGAGUUGACCUUCGACCAGGAGUUUAUGGCUGACCUGAUCAAGCAGGACUUCUACUACUUCCCUUCUGCCUCCAAGUUGAAGCCUGAGAGUUAUGAGAACGUCCAGUCACUGCUCACCAACUGCAUCUAUUUGCAGGACUCUGAGGUCACUGUGCGGGGCUUCAGAAUCUACGGCUCCCCCUGGCAGCCCUGGUACUAUGGCUGGGGCUUCAACCUGCCACGGGGUCAGGCUCUGCUGGACAAGUGGAACCAGAUCCCCGACAACACAGACAUCCUGGUCACACACUGCCCCCCACUGGGUUUCCUGGACUGGGUCCCAAAGAAGAUGCAGCGUGUUGGGUGCAUGGAGCUGCUCAACACAGUCCAGAGGAGAGUCCAGCCCAAAUUACAUGUGUUCGGACACAUUCACGAAGGUUAUGGCAUGAUGACAGACGGCACCACCACAUUCGUCAACGCCUCAGCCUGCACUGUCAACUUCCUGCCCAUGAACGCUCCAAUUGUCUUCGACCUUCCAAAUCCCAGGACCACAUGACUAGAGGAAGCUCGCCCCCAGUCACCUGCCGCCAGUCAAGAGAAAGGAGCCAGGAGAGGUAGGUGAGGUCGGUGGGCAGAGCAGAGCACAUUCUGUAAAUAUAAGGCAGCCGUGUGUUUAACGCAACACAUAUGCUACAUGCCUGGAGACGGAGCAGACUCGGUGAGGGACGCUCCCUAACGCUAUUAAUGUUAUUCUAUGUGCCAUCAUUUCUUCAUCUCAACACUGAGUCUAAAAGCAGAGAAAUGGACGAGCAAAGAGACGCUUUUAGAUGCAAACAACGGAUAUUUCUUUGUCCUCUUUUACUGCACUGACAAUCUGAUGUGGCUCUCAGACAGACAAAAAAGACACCCCGACGUCACUGUUGGCAUUUUUCACUUCAUUUAAAUGAACUGUAAACAUUUGGACUCAAAGUGAAGCAACCCAACGCCUCGUCAACAUGAGAGUUUUGGUUAAAGCACAACUCAACAGCAGAACAUUUGCCUGGGGGAUUGUAACACAACUUUCCUCCCUUCCCACUUUUAAACAUUAAUUUCCUCACUUCUCCCCCUCCAUCUUCCGCCUGUUUCUCUCCUCUCCUCGGGCCUGCAGCAUUAUGGAGUGUGUUCUUUUUGCCAGCGUGUGUGUGUGUGUGUGUGUGUGUGAGAUCAAAGUGAGUGUGUGAGGGCAGCAAGAGGUCUCUGCCAGGGGCUGUGUGAGUCGGGGUGUCAAACAUGUUGACACCACUCCCCUGGGCCUCAUUACAGCCCUCAUAAGCCUCUUAACCGGGAGAGAGGAGGACACUGAGGAAACUGCGCGCAGCACUUCCUUCCAUGCAGCUCCCCUUUCACCUUUUCUCCUCUUUUUCAUUUCUUCCUCCCUCUCCAUCCUUCAUGCUGUGAAUGAGUAGCACAGCUUUUCUGCACUGACUGAAAUUCCGAGCUUUAAGGACUUGGAAAAGACAGCAGGUAACACACGACGUAAAGGUGCUACUUCUGGACAGUCAUUCUGAGCUGUGGUGAUUGUUUCAAGGACCCUCCCUCAUGUUGGGAGUGAUGGGACAUUUGAUCCUUUAUCAAGAGGAGUAAAGCUGUAACUACAUGUACUGUAACUGGUCUAUGUAAAUGUUCUCUGUCAAUGUAAAGAAAAAAAACUUGAAGAUUUCUUGAAGAUUUCCAAGUUGUUGCUAUGCGUUUCAAAAAAAAAAACCUUGUUAAUAUUUGUGGUUGUUACAUUUCCUUUGGUCUAUUUCUUAGUAAUGUAAAUGCUUAUUAUGGUAUUUCCUUCUCUGUGAAGCUGCUCGGCCCCAUUUGGUGAUUAUUAACUCUUUCAUGUCCCUUAGCAGUUUGUCUGUGUUUAAAAAAAAAAAAGAAAAAAAAGCCUUUCAUUUUUUUCCUUUGCUCUAUUUUCUGAAUAAGGCCGUUCUCAGUGAGAGUCUGAAUGUGCUUAGCAUAACAAGACCACGUCACACUUUGAUCUUCCUGCUCUCCGACAUUAUGUAUGAACGUUCCCUGGGGCUGCAGUUUACUCCCACUUCACUCCGGCUUCCUCAGAACAUCAGCAUUCAUUGUGCCAGCUGAUGUCUUAAUGUUUCCAAAUAGGCAAAAGAGGAAAGAGCAGCAGAAUUGCUCACCAAGAAAACCAGUGUGUGUGGAUAAUGGUGGGAGGUGCGAGCAUGAACGUUGAUGCCUGAGUGUCUGUGCGUAUUAUGUUAUCGUUAAUGUGGAGCAGUUUAAGUUUUAAGCCCUGAAAUUGAGGACAUUGUGUUUGAUCCUCAUGUCUUCAAGGUUUAGAGUUAGAAUUAGGUUUAGAAUAAAGAUCGAGUUUAAGAUGUGGUGUACCAGGUAGAGUAUGGGAACUGCAGCUUAAUAAAAAACAGGCAUAUAGGGACAUGUAUUACCCAGUUUAAUAACACAUGCAUUUGGUGGUUAAUUUACACAUUUUAAAGUCCUUGAACACAGAAGAUGCUGGUCUGACAGUUGAGGGUCUGAUAACAUGGUCACAUGGUCUGAUAACAUGGACAAUAAAACCAUGUAAAAAUGUUAUAAAUAAAAUACAAUAAAAUACAUGUAAAUAUGUUAGCCCAACUGCAAUCAUACUAAACUGAAUUUCUCAAAGUCAGACUAACACACCAAGAUAUUGUGAUUGGGAGUCGAAUUCCUCCUGCAUGUAUACAGUCAAUUGGACCGAAACUGGCCUAAAAAAAGUACCCAGGUUGCCCAGGUUUGUCAUUUUAGCAAACAUAGCAGUCAAAUAAUAGUCAUAUGUGGCUAGCACAAAGGCGGUUUGCUAGUAAAGGCUAAUGAAGAUGAAACAUAUACAUAUCUUAACAAUCCAAUUGCCAGGGAAAUGUAGGCAUUAUAUGUUUCUUUUCCAGACUGGGAACAGCAAUGUCUCAGUGGCAGAUCAAAUUUGAAAUUCUAAAGUCGCUGUCAGGGCCAGAUAAAUGCACCAAGCUGUCCAGGAGCAAAAGUGAGCUGUGGGCCCGUUUCCCCACCCCUUUCCCAUGUUAGUUUGUGAUCAUUUGUGAUAAUGUGAUACAUUUUUUGAUUAUUACUGCUUUCACAAUCUAUUUACACAUAGAGAUUUUUGAUAAAUAAUCAUCAGUAAUGUGGAUAUAAUGACUAAGUGGGUAAAGGCAAAUAAUAGAAUAGGUAGAACAGUCUGGUAAAUUCAGACAAUUAUAUCAUUUUACUGUAAUGCAGCCUUUAAGGCAAGGAAAAGACAACAAUGGAUAUUACAGUGUUGAAAAUCCUAGGAAAUAUCUAGUCUCAUUUCAUGAUAUUGAUGUAAUAACAAGCUAUUAAAAGUGGUCUGACACAGGGCCUUUGCCUAGGUCCAGAUCUUGAAAUCCACUCACUCACCCGAGGUGACUGAUUCAUCUGGAAUCAUGACAUGAAAUAGCAAUUUUUUGGUAAAAAAGCACUCGAUCCACUGAGCACUGUGGGAUUCUGAUGAUCAGCCAAUCAUUGUGCAGGCACAAUAUCUCAUUACAGUCCUCUUCAAAGAAGCAGAAUAUAAGGCUUGAAGUGGACUUUCGAUCAGGGUUAGCAGGAAUAGAUUGAAUGUAGCCAGUGGAAGGCCCGUACAAGUGUAUGUGUGUGUGUGUGUGUGUAUGUGUGUGUGUGAGUGUAUUUAAGAGUGUAAAGGAAAAAAAGUGCUCAGCCUCAUCAUUUAAAACACAGACUUAAUUAAUGUCCACGAAGGAAAAUGUUCCAAGAGAGGAAUAAAGGGAACUAUUAAAAACCAAAAGAUGGGAGGAACUUUCAUCUGAGUUUCAUGAAGAGCAGUCUGUUUGGUCCCACUCUCCACUUCCAGUCCUCAUUUAGAUGUCUCGCUUUGAUGCUCCUCUGCUUCAGUAGCCGUGUUAUGUGUUUCCUGUUUUCUCUGAGAAAAGAAAAAAAAAAAAAAAAAAAAAAAAGUGCCGUACUAUUUCUUGAUUUCUUUCUUGAGGCAUGCUUAAAGGAGUUAAUGACUUCUGCUACCCAGACAAUCUGCAUAUGAAGAGUUUUGUUCCAAAAUGAGAUAUCCACUGUUUGAAAAAAGGUACGCCUACACAGGCACAAUGAUUGACAGCUGAAACUUAAAAGCAGAUCGCGGUGGUACUUUUUAAAGCGUCGUUAUUAACUUAUGUUUUUGGUAACGUUUGUACUGGCUGGAUCCUCUACAUUUCAACAAGACUGGACAGUUAUGAACGUCAGGUCUUUUUUUAAACGGAGGUAUAGCAUUUUGGAAUAAAAGUGUUCAUAUGGUAUUGUAUUUUGCCAUCGCUGUUGGGGACAUUUUUUUAAAGAAGUGUAAAACAAGAAAAUGGAGACCCAACGGCUGCAAAAUGUUACUGUGUUGCUCCUGGAGACAACUCUAAAAAUGUAAAGUACCUCUCUUUCUUAAAGAUUAUGCUGGUUCUGAGAGAUUAUUCACCGAUUGAAUAAAACCUUAUCUGUGA